GUGGGAGUGGCAUCGGCUGCCAUGGUCGCUGGGGGAAGGAGGAGCGGGCAGGUGGUGGCCUGGCUCAACCGGGCCGAGUGGGACCAGGUGAUUGAGUACCUGUAUUGCAGGGACAGCAAGCUGCAGCGGUAUGCACUGGACAGGAUCUCCGCCUGGAAGAGCAGAAAUUGAUUCUUGCUCUACUACAGGGAAAGCUAGCAGUUUAAGUAUCUGAUAUGGCAGUAGUACUCCACUUGCUGUGGAAUGCACUGAAGCCCUGACGCAGUGUAAGCUUCAGGAUGAAGCUGGGGAAACAGCAUCUGGUGAACUUGUCCUCUCAUAUGGGCUUGCCCUUGUCAGGUUUGUUAAUCUGAUUACUGAGAGGAAGCAGAAAAAUGUCGCUGUGCCACUGAGACGUUUGGCAAAUGAGAUGAAUAUACCAGAGUGGAUAGUAAAUCUACGCCAUGAACUGACUCAUAGGAAACUCCCCACACUAACAUGGUGCAGGAAAGGUUGUGAGUUUGUUUUGGAAUGGUUACGUCAGCAGUACUGGAACCGGCAGUUGGGAAAUAACCAUGUGGAUAAUUGGAUCAUGGAUUCUCAGGAAGAGGAGGAAGCUGAUGAUGAAGUGAAAAUACAGGAGGAACUGAAACAGAAGGAGUUAUACGACAAAGCCAGAGAACUGCUGACUUCCUUUGAGAAAGAACAAUUCCAGGUUUUGAUGGAACAGAAGUUAGUUUCCAAAGCAAAGCGAAUCUGGAGUACUCCGAGUCCUGAAGUUGCAUGGAUUUUAUCACAAGUUAAGAAACAUGCUUGGGAGAACAGAGAGUUGGUGGCGGAUGCUCUCCUGGAUGACGGGUUCCUUAUUCCUACAGAAGAGCAGCUGAAAUUUUUAAAUAUUGAGUGUCCAGGUGAAUUUGUAGAUUUGUCAAAUCCUGGAAUUCCUCGAACGUUCUGUCGUUUCUGGCAGCCUCUUUUAAAGUGCCUCCACUCUCGAUAUUUCACACCAGUGCUGCUAGAAAAGCUGUUUACUGAGUUGAAGCAUUGCUGUGACACCUCAGGCUUGAGGAUACAGUAUGUUACGGGCUGGAUCACAGAGAUACUAGCAGCCAAUGUAAAAGCAGGAAAAAGAUUGAAAGGUCUACCGCGAAGCCAGAAAAUAAAAAGGAGCAUGUGGCAGUUGUUCUUAUUUCACUGUCCCCUGGACUGGCAGGAUCUUCUAGAAGCCUGCCUUGCAGCGCCAUGCCAGGCUACACCUCAUCUUCUUCAACAGAUUUUAACUGAUAUGGUCUCUCCAUUACCCAUUGCGACACAACAGAAACUGCUCCAGCUGUGUUCUAUCUACAUUCAGGAACCUGGAUCUUUCAGUGUUUCUGACUUUCCAGUUGGCCAUGGCCAACUACCAGUGUAUACUGUGGAAAACCUCCAAAUGAAGAGUGGAAUUGAGUCUCCAAAACAGUUAACUGGUAAGGUGCAUACUGAGUUUAGAAAGGACACUGAAUCAGUGAUGGCCCCCACCUCUGGAGAGGAACAGGUACAAACAGUCAAUCUUGAGAUGUUAACUGAGAAGAUUCAAGCACUGGAAGGAUCUGAUUGGCAGAUAUGCACAGAUCAAAUUUCAUGGAAGGAUUACCCCUUAGGUAAAGUACCAGGCCAAAAAGAAGACCCGAACUGCCUUUUUGUGAACAAUUACACCUUGAUGCCUGUAUUGCAUCAGCCAAUAACAGAGGACAACCUAGAGCAUGAUACUGCAAUAAGGUACAGCAUUGUUCAGAGAAACCAAAAAACGGAACAUCUUCCUUCUGUACGUGCUGUGGAAAAAAAGUUACUGGAAACUACUGAGACUUGUCACAUGUACUACAGGAUUACCUUGUGCAGACUCAGAAGGUUUAUGGUGGACUCAGAGUGACCUGCACAGACUGAAAGCUGGAUUGAAAUUGUUCUAACAAAGAGAACUUAUUUUCAAAUGUUUCAUUAUUUUCCCUUUAAGCCCUCUUAUUCCUCUCCCUUAUUAUGAAUGUGUGCAUUUGUGGUUGCACAUACAUAUAUCUAGCUGUUUGUUGGAGGAUCUUCACACAAAGCAUGAACUUGCCUUUUUUUCCUGAUGCUGACAGGCCUGCUGUAUUUUUCUAAUAUUUACCGUUUCUUUUGAAGUUAACUUAUGAUGGGCUCUCAAAGAUUUGUAUCACAAGCAGUCUAAGGCUUUGAAUUGGUAAUCAUGGUAAAAUGAAGUGAUACCAUACCAGUUAUGGUCUGUCCCAAAGCAAGUUUCUUUUAAGUUAACGGGAUUCCUUUCAAACUCAUUACUUUGUGUUUAUAUAAUUCUGCAAUGUUAUAUGCAUGUAAACUGCUAGGUGGCUAUUGUAUUUUAUAUUGCAAAAAUAAAUUGACAGAUAACUGC